UUUAGAUGGGUUUCCUAAUUUGCUUUUGGCUAACUCUGAGAUUGUUCGUAAUGGAACGUGCAGCCAAGCAACUAUCAGCACAUUAUCAACGAGUUGUUUUAAAAAGUCAAGAUUUUCAAACUAGUCGAGACUCAACUCCUCUUACUCGCUUUCAGAAGUCAUUGCCAACUGUCCUGAGGUUUCGUAAACGAAAUGAUAAGGAAGAUGGAAAUAAUCUCUUGUUAACUCCUUUCUUAAACAUGGCGGACGGUUCGCAGACACAUGCUAGUUAUAAUGCUGCUAUUUAUGGCCCUGGUGCAUCUUUCGGAACUGUGGACAAUAGUGUUUAUAGACGAUUCACUAAAUUUAUGCAUUCUUUAUGCGUAAAGUAUUGGAUUGUCGUUUGCUGUCUGAGUAUGCUGUUAGUUUCCGUUCAACAGCCUGUCGUUGUAUUUCGUAUUGUUUACAUGGUCAUGCUGAUUUACUUCAUGUUAAUUUUUCAGAUAAGUUAUUCUGUUUGGCGUCGUCAAAUGUUAUGUUUUUGGUGGGUCAUAGUUGUAUACUCUAUGGCGAUGCUACUGUGUAUUUAUACUUUUCAAUUCAAUGAGUCACCCAGUUUCUGGCAGAAUAAACUACACCUUUCACCUGAGAUCUUAAAAGCGUUUGGAUUAGAAACGUUUGAAAGUGCAGCUCUUUUCGAACGUUUAUUAACACCAGUCGUAUUCUUAGUUGUUAUAAUUUUACAAGUGCAUUACUUUCAUGUACCAUUCCUUAAGGCAUCUGCGUUAAAUCGUUUUCGAUUGCCUCAAAUUUCCAAGGCUUCUGUCAAUUCACGAUCUGGCAUUUCUGACGAUCACUGUUCAAAUACAUCCAUUUCUCAGAGCAGUAACAUUUCCAAUUUUAUUGAAGAUGUGAAUUCAGCGUUUCAAAUAGUUGUUUCAAAAUUAUACUGUUGGGCUGUUAGUCUUACAAAUCAUUGUUGGCGUUUUCUUGAAAUACACUGGAUUAAAAUUGUUGGAUUAGUGAUAGUUCUCACCUGUACAAAUGAAGUUUCCGCUACGAAUAUUAUCCCUCUUAUAUUUCUCGUCGUUUGUUUCCCUUUUCCAUAUCUUCAUGGAUUUAUGACAACAUUUGUUUUCAUCUGGACUAGUAUUCAAAUACUUUGUAAGAUGACUUUCCAGUUAAGUGCUGUCAACUUUAACAUAUCUUCAGCGUCUUGUGUAAAGCUUCAAAAUUCCACUACAUUGGAUCCGACUAACUGGCUUGGUUUUAAAAAAGUCGACAACUUUCGUCAGUAUAUUAUGCCAUAUGGUGCGUUACUGGUUGUCAGUGUAAUCUGGCAUGCUGUAGCCUAUAGACAACGUCAGUUUUAUAACAAUGAUAAAAUCACUCGUCCAGCUGAAGGAGUUGUAUUUCCUGGUGUUACAAUCAACUCUAUGGGUUAUGACUUAUUGAAUGUCGUGAAGUUUGCUUUUAAUUAUGGAUUCUAUAAAUUUGGUUUGGAGCUUUGUCAUUGUAUCACCGUUGUCACUACAUGUGCACGUGUCGAUGCUUUCAGUGUGUUAUACUUGUUGCUGAUGUUAGUGUUUUUAUUCUCUCCACGACGAGUAUGUGCACGUCUAUGGCCUUCUUAUAUGAUAAUCCUAGCAGUACUUAUACCAAUACAAUAUGCCAGUUGUAUUGGUCUACCACCCGGAUUAUGUUUGAGUUAUCCUUGGCAUACAGAAUCGAUAGAGAUUAACAAUCUUCUUCAAUGGUUGUAUUUACCGAGUGACUUUGGUUCACCGUCUGCUUAUAAACUGACUGCGGACUUCUUUCAGUUCGCUGCAGUGGCUUUACAAUAUCGUGUUUUCAAAAUCGAACAACGUCCUGAUUCAGAGAGAUAUGAUGGUGGUUCGAACCGUCCAGUCCUAACUAAUGAAUUACCUAAUGAAGGAGAUCGUGACUUCGUCAGCACUAAAGAAUCUUAUUUAGAUUAUAUGCGUCAUCUUAUUUUCUAUUGGUCUUAUUGGGUCAGUUUAGCUGUUGUUCUUGUCACAGGAGUUGUAUGGAUUACAUUAUUCUGCUUAGGUUAUAUGAUUUUAAGCUUCAUCUAUCUGUGGAUGGGAUUGAAUGUUUUGCUAAGAGAACGACCUAAUUUAGUCAAUUCAUGGAAUGUAAUUAUUGGGUAUAAUUUCUGUGUUAUUCUGGCCAAGUGUAGUCUUCAACUUAUGGGUUGUGUUUUUCGUUCUCGAAUGGCUAAUCAUUGUUGGCUUAUACAGUUGUUCGGUGUUCAAUGCAUGAACCCAUUAUCAUGGAAUCAUUUCAAUCUACCUCCUGGACAUGAAACAUCAUGUGCUACUGUGUCAAGUGGUUUACAUUGGGAUAUUGUAUGCUUUAUAUUUAUUUUAUUCCAACGAAAAGUGUUCACAUCACAUAGUUUUAGUCAUGUAUUACUUGAUUUACAAGUUCAAAGUCGAUUUGCUUCCCGUGGUGCUUACCUAAUCAAUCGUAAAUUAAUGUUAGCUAUUCAUGAACAAGCAAUGGAAGAACAACAUACUUUAGCCAAAGUACAACAAAAACUCAAUCUUAUUCAACAACGUCAAGCAGCAUUUGGACGUAGUAAUGCUAAUAUUACUGAACAUUAUAUAAUGCUUCGGUCUGGUGAUUAUUACCUAUUUGAAGGUGAUCCCGAAGAGGAUGAUGACUUCGUUAAUCGUCAAACGCCUAUAGGUGAACAUGAUAGUGAUCACUCGGCGAAAUACGAUUCAAGUCCACCCCCAUCGGUGUUACGCUCACGAGACAAUAAAGAGAGUUUAAAAUUACGGAAAACAGCUGCCAGCCAAGAGAUUGAUAGACAAGCCACUGUUCCAAAUAGUCGUAUUAAAUCUCAAGUUACUUUAGUUCGAAAUGGAAAGAAUUAUUUACGAGAUAUUUGGCCAAGUAUUGAUCCAAAUAUCUUAAAUAUCCUGUCUAAUUACAAUGAUCCUUAUAGUACCAUCAGAAAUGAACGCCGUCACAUUCGCCCAACGUCUAAUAGUAGGAGUGCUAUUGACUCAGAUCGCUCUCAUGAACAUCCUAAGCGUAUUGACACACAUCAAGAUCGUACCCAUUCUGGAUUUGUCUUAGGACAUCGUCGUAUGCGAUCUCACCCUGAGUUUCUACGUCAACAGUUUGGUGUCAACGAAAAAAGUUCCGCCGUAUCUAUAAAACCAGAUGAACCUGAGGCUUCAGGUAGUAAAAGUAUCGCUUUACGUUCUACUCAAACAUCGUCGCCGUUUUCUGACAAAUCUGCUCUUCGGUCCACAGAACGUCGAGAUCUGAAUUCGUUCGCUGUUCGCCAUCGCCCUUACGAAACCCAUAGACGGUUAUUUUCAGCAUCUGAAGCUAUCUUUGCCAAUAAAGAUCGUCCUAGUAGUCCUGAGAAGAACACGGUUAUCCAAAAUACGACCCGAGGUCAUCGGAAAACAAAGUCAUCGCUAUCAAAACCAAGUGCUAAAACCUAUGAGACUUCUCAUAUUCAGCACCCCAUUAUUGAAAGUAAGAUAACGCCGGGAAAUAAUAAUAAUGAGGAAAACUCUGAAAUCAUUCCAACAGUAAUAGAUAACAGUAGAUCUGAAAAAGUAGAUGCUCCUUUUACAGCGACUCAUUCCGAUAACAUAAUCACUAAAUCCCCAAAAUCUGAGUUUCAAAAUAACAACAGUCAAAAGAAUUUCAGUUAUUCAUAUUUCGACGAUGGUCAAGAAGCAGAUAGGGAUAGUGAUGAAGAUGAUGAUGCUAAUCCUCCAUCAACUUCAAAUUGUAGAUUAAAUCCUAUUCAACUAUUGAACAGAGCUAUGGAACUUGGUGCUCUUUCAGCUGUGAAACAGUAUAGACGUAGUUUACAUGCUCACUCUCAUGGUGGUACGCGUCAGCGGGAACAGACUGAUAAUGUUCCAUGUCAUUUAUCUACUGAAAGUCACGAUGGUUCAUCGGCUGAUCAAAUGAUGCAACCUUCAACCAGUAUGCAUCAGAUCAAUACCGAUUCUUUUCACAAUCGUUCACUUAAAGAUACAAAUUUUUCCAAUCAAUCUAAAGAACGUAAACGAGCUAGUCGCUUCCCAACAAAAUCUGGCCUAAAGAAACUUAGUAUACCUGAUUUUUAUUCUAGUUCAAGACAACCUGAAGUUCAUUUUUCCAAUAGAUUAUAUAAGAAAAACUAUUCUCCAUUGAUUGACAACGAAGCAAAUCUUAAUGAAUAUUGUAAUUUUGAUCCUUCGGAUAAUUAUGAUACACAACUAUCAAUCUCUGAAUAUGUACCUAUAAAAACUAAAGAUGGUAGAUUGAAUUCAUCAUUUCCUGAAAAUGAUUUAGUCGACUCGAAAGUCAUAAACAAAGAACGAAAUAAAUAUAAUUUGAAAGGCAAAUCAGAUUAUAUUCCAUUAGUCGCAAAACAAACUGAAGAUAUAGAAUUGAAUAAUCUAAUUUUAAAUCAAUCUAAUCAUGAUACUUCAUCGUAUGUUAUGAUGAAUAAGAAAAAUUUUGAUAAUAAUCAAAUAGCUGUAUUAAAAAAACCAAUUCCAACUACCAAUGCAUCAUGUAAAUUUAUUGCUAAUAAUUUCUCAUCUGAUCUCAAUGACAAUUGUCAUGCUAGUUCUCAAGAUAAAUUACGCAGACAUUCUGUUCAUCAACAUGCUGAAAGUUGCUGGAGCAAGUUUAAAGCUUCUUGUUUAAUAGCAUAUAUGUUUUUCUUGAGUUCUGUGGAUAGUUUAAUAAGAUUUUUAAAUGGUCUCACUCGUCAAUAUCGUCGUAUUCGCAGAACUAUUGACCAAGAAAAACGUUUAGUUAAACGUCGAGUAAUUUCAAGUCUUCCAUCCUCAAAUGAACAAUCAAGAGUACAACUAGAAGCAGCUGUUUUAGAAAUUAUCUCUACAACACCUGAACGUCAAUUAUCUUUAUUUAAUCCUCAACUUAUCGACUCGAAUCUACUGAAUAAUGAGAAACGAUCAAGUGUUAUAUCAAAUUAUUUAAUACGAAAUAAUUCAUUCGAUAAUAUCGAUAAUAACACGAUAACCACUGAAUUACAAGAUCAUGAACGUGAAAAAGCAUUUCGUCAAUCACGUUCUUAUGGAUUUUUAUUAUUAAUAGCUGUUGGAAAUUUAGCCAUAGUUUAUUCAGAAUUAUUUUGUUAUUUUCUUUUAAUAUUUAAUCAUAUGCGUUCAGCUUCAUUAUUAUCAUUACCAUAUCCUUUAAUGGUAUUAUUAUGGGGUAUGUUGUCUGUACCGCGGCCAACAAAAACAUUUUGGAUAUUUUUAAUUACUUACACUGAGAUCGUGAUUGUUAUAAAAUAUAUAUUUCAAUUUAAAUUUUUCUAUUUCAAUGAUGCUACAUUAAGACCAACUGAAUCCACUGAACCAUUAUGGUUACCUCGUAUCAUUGGUGUCGAUAAAAAUGAUGAUUAUGCUGUAUUUGAUUUAGUACAGUUAAUUAGUUUAUUUUUACAUAGAGGUUAUUUAAAAAAUAAUGGUCUAUGGCGUGAUGACACCGAAUUCACACGUGAUCUUGAAUUAAUUGUACAAGAAAAUAAAGCAGCUCAGUUAUCUUAUUCAAAGCAAGGGUCAAGUUCACGACAAUUAGCAUCACCUGGUAUCUAUCUGGCAAAAUCAAAAUCAGAUCUUGGCAAAGAUGAUGUACUACAUACCAGUGGUCAUAAUAUACUUGUUCAACAAUAUCCUCAAACUUCACACUUUCCAUCUACAACUAGUGGUAGUAAUGGCAUAAAUUGGAAUCCAUUGGUAAAACUCAAAAAAUUCUACCUUAAAAUGACUGAUCCACGAUACAAUAAAAAAGUUGAUGUUUAUAUUUACAUGUUUCUUUGUGAAUUUAUCGCUUUUUGGAUUAUUAUCUUUGGUUAUGUAUCAUUUGGACCAAGUACUGGAAUGGGUGAUAAUGCAUUUGAAUUUCUAAAAUCGAAUAGAAUCCCCCUACCGUUUAUAUCAAUGCUUCUUGUACAAUUCAUAUUUAUUAUCAUUGAUCGAGGUUUAUUCUUACAGAAACGUGUGCUUGGGAAAUUCAUCUUUCAAAUUAUUCAUGUUGUAUUAAUUCAUGGAUGGUUGUUCUUUAUUUUACCGCAUAUUACAAGAUCCCCAUUUACUUCCGGUCUGGCACCUCAAUUGUUAUAUUUGAUUAAAUGUGUAUAUUUUUCUCUGUCCGCCUAUCAAAUUCGCAGUGGUUAUCCUCGACGUAUAUUAGGAAACUUUUUGACUAAAAACUAUAAUUACAUCAAUUUAGUUUUGUUUAAAGGAUACUUGCUUCUUCCAUUCUUGUACGAACUACGAAAUGUAAUGGAUUGGAUGUGGACUAGUAGUGCUUUAUCGUUAUAUCAUUGGAUGGAAUUGGAAGAUGUUUAUUCGAAAAUAUUCAUUCUAAAAUGUUGGCGACGUUCAGAGCUGGCUUAUCCUACACCAAGAGGACAAAAUCGUGAUACCAGUAAAAAAGCAUUAACUGGUGGUCUAUUACUACUAUUCUUUUUCAUUUGUUUUUGGGGUCCGAUGGCAUUGACUUCAUUUAUUGGUGCUACAUUCGAUGUGAAUCCGCCGGUGUUAUGUACUUUCAGUUUUUCAUUUGGAGGUUUUCCGCCUACAUUCGAAUUUACUUCACGUGAAGGAAAUAUAUUUACUGUGAAUUCAUCUGAAUUGAGCAAAUUUAUUCGUUGUCAUGAAAAAGACAAGCAAACAUUUGGAUUUUUACAUAAUUUCGAAUGGAAUGAUUUACGUUAUAUAACAAUUGAUGGUUUUUCUGGCAAUAUAUGGGCUAUCACACCACCAUCAUAUCAAGCAUUAUUAAUGAAAUUAAGUUCUCCUGAUUCAGAUUUACUAUUACAUUUUCAUAUGAAAUGUCGCAGAUCAACAAAAGAAAUUCAAUCAAGUCAUACAUCAGUUGAAGAUAUAUUUAGUCGUAAAUUGUCACCAUCGGAAAAAUUACAAUUACUUAAGGUGUUAAAUUCAACAAAUCCCAUUUUUCCUUCAUCAAAUUAUCAUAAACAUUCCAUGCAUAGAACACCUGCAAGUAUGACGAAUAAUAACAAUAGUAUAUCCAUGGCAUCACAUCACUCUCCAAUUGAUCCAGUCAUAUUGAAUUCUGUAUUGCCAAGAUAUGUUUUACUUAAAAAAGAUAAACUACGUGGUGCAUAUGCUUUUCUUGGUAAUCCACAAACUUAUGUAAAUGUUAGUUUUCAUAUACAUCAAGAUUUAGUAAGUCAUCAAGCAUGGUGGGAAUUAAAAGAGACAAUUAAUAAUAGUCUGUCAUCUGAUCCUUGUUUUGAAGUAAUUCGACAUCCAACAUUAAGUAGUAAUGCUGUGGAAGCGAAUGUUUUGUCAGUUCUCACUUUCAAUGAACGUGUAUCCGAUAGUUUAUUUGGUAAAGUAUUCAGCAACUAUGGUAUCAUUGGUAUGUAUGCUGCAUAUAUCUUUCUGGCUAGUCGUUUACUACGUACUAUGUAUAGUAAUAUUUCUUAUGUGAUUCGUCUUGAAGAACUACCUCAUGUGGAUCGUAUUUUAAAUUUAUGCCAUGAAAUUUAUCUUGUACGUGAAAAUAAUUUAUUAUUAUUAGAAGAACAAUUAGUGGCAAAACUAUUCUUCCUUUAUCGUUCCUCGGAGACUAUGAUUAAAUGGACUAGACAUCCAAAACGUAUUAUUGACAGAUUUACAAGUAAACCGACUGCUAUCGGUACAUCGUCACAAGAUGCGCCUAGUAGUUCUCAACCACCACCACCAGCAGCAGCUCAUCAUCAUCCUCAUCCUCCACCUCCUUCUUCCAGUGGAUCAAUGUAUCCUUCAACGAGUACCGAAAAUAGAAAUAUCAAUCAUAGAACCAAGUCUCAUAUUCAUUCUAGGCGUAUGCAUAAUUUAACUGAUGAGAAUAAUUAUCGUUUACCACUACUACCACCACCACAAGCAUCAUCAACAACAACACCAGCAACAACACCACUACCAUCAUCGUCACAACAUCAACAACCAUAUCAUGACAAUCAUUAA